AUGACGUCCACGUUUAAAUAUGCCUUAAUGCCCUUUUCUAAAUAUGAGCAAAUGAAGGGAAAAAUAGACUCUAUGAUGACUAUGAAUGUAUCAAAGAAAGACAAGGUUGAACCUACGUCCCUGUCCGAGCACAACAGCAGCAGCAGUAGCAUUCAAGUUGAUUCAGAGGUACUCAACAAUACUGGGGAUAGUAGCCAUAAAGAUAAAACUAUGGUAGUUUCAAGCCCUGAGCCCGUCAGUGUGAAUAAAAACACAUCAAAGGAUGUGCCUAAUACUAGUGCUAUAACAAUGAAGACCAACAAGGAUAGAAAACGUAUUCAUAAACUAAGGACAUUAAAUCACCUAAACAGCACUAGCACCUAUCCACUAAGAAAGGAUGGACCAAGUAAGAAGGGGUCUAUGAUAGGAAAAGUGUCAAAAAAUCCUAGUAAAAAGGGGCUAACAAUUGAUAGACGUUCCAAGAGAAAAAACACAGCAGAUUUUGAUAAAUCUAGCUGGUUAUCCUUCUGACUAUGAUAGGGAUAUUUGUGUUAGCAGUGUUUAGAUGUAUUUUAACCAUGUAAAAAAA